AUGAAUUAUCACAAAAUUUUAGGUGUUACAAAUAAUGCUUGCAAAAAAGCAAUACGUGAAGCUUAUUUGAAAAAAGUCAAAUUAUAUCAUCCAGAUUUAAACAAAAGUCCAGAUGCUAUAACAAAAUUUAAACAAAUUCAAGAAGCUUAUCAAGCUUUAUAUAAUAAUGAUUAUUCAAAAAAAUCUUACUACGGUGAAAAUUCAUACACAAGUAGUUAUAGAAGUGAAGAUAAAAUGAAAAACGAGAAUUAUAACUAUUCUGAUGAUUUUAGUGAAUUUCAUAAAGCAUUUUAUGAAGAAAUUCGUAAAAUGAGAGAAAAAGAAAGAAGUGAACAAAACAGGAGAUAUGCAAAUAAUAAUUACGGUUAUUCCAUCAAUGACAUAUUUCAUAAAUAUCCAAGGGAAUAUUUUUACAUAAAUUUAAUGUUUAAAUUAUUUCCCUUAUUCAUUGUACCCAUUUUGUUUGUACUUAUUAUAUAUAAGCAAUAUAUUUUAAAGAGUCAUUUUAAAGAAAAGCCCAUUGUUAUAUAUGAUUCUUAUGGAAGAGCUUUUUUGGUAGACAUUCAAGGAAAAAAAUUCAGAGCAUCUGAAUUUGAUAAAUAUUGA